AUGACUGAUGCUGAUGAUAUUCAGCCCAUUGUCUGUGACAAUGGAACUGGGAUGGUCAAGGUAACCUUGUUUUAUGAGACUUCCCUUUCAUGUUUGUUAACGCAUCAUUAAUUUCAUAUGGUGUAACUUUUAUUUCUUUUCUUCACCAAUUAGGCUGGGUUUGCUGGGGACGAUGCUCCAAGGGCUGUCUUCCCAAGUGUCAUUGGUCGACCACGUCAUACGGGCGUCAUGGUUGGCAUGGGACAGAAGGAGGCUUAUGUAGGUGAUGAGGCUCAAUCCAAGAGAGGUAUUUUGACAUUGAAAUACCCAAUUGAGCAUGGGGUUGUUACCAAUUGGGAUGACAUGGAGAAAAUUUGGCAUCACACUUUCUACAAUGAGCUGCGAGUGGCACCAGAGGAGCACCCUAUUCUUCUCACCGAAGCCCCUCUUAACCCCAAGGCCAACAGAGAGAAGAUGACACAGAUCAUGUUUGAGACCUUUAAUUCCCCCGCCAUGUAUGUUGCGAUCCAGGCUGUUCUGUCUCUAUACGCCAGUGGUCGCACCACAGGUACGCGAAGAGAAGUAUUUUGUAUAUAUUGAUGAUUGGAAAUAUCUCUUGCUUCGAUGCUAACUUGACUCCACAAAAUUAAUAUCAGGGUAACCCCCCAUGGGAUUCCUUGUCAUUCUAUGGAUUCUACCAUGGUUGUAAAUGAAUAUUCCUGCAAAUUCGAUUUAGAAAAAAUAGAAAUUGGCAGCCUCGGGAGAAUUUCCUACCGUUUUAAUUACACUUCUUUGAUCAGGUAUUGUGCUGGAUUCUGGUGAUGGUGUGAGCCACACUGUCCCGAUUUAUGAGGGUUUCUCCCUCCCACAUGCCAUUCUCCGGCUCGAUCUUGCUGGAAGAGAUCUGACAGAUGCUCUGAUGAAGAUCCUGACCGAGAGAGGCUACUCCUUCACCACCACUGCGGAGCGGGAAAUUGUCCGUGACAUAAAGGAGAAGCUCGCCUAUGUUGCUCUUGAUUAUGAGCAAGAGCUGGAAACAGCAAAGUCCAGCUCUUCCAUAGAGAAGACCUACGAGCUGCCCGACGGACAGGUGAUCACCAUUGGUGCAGAGAGGUUCCGAUGCCCGGAGGUCCUCUUCCAGCCAUCCCUGGUCGGCAUGGAAGCUGCUGGCAUCCAUGAGACGACCUACAACUCCAUCAUGAAGUGCGACGUGGACAUCAGGAAGGAUCUCUAUGGCAACAUCGUGCUCAGUGGUGGCACCACCAUGUUCCCUGGCAUCGCCGACCGGAUGAGCAAGGAGAUCACGGCCCUGGCGCCAAGUAGCAUGAAGAUCAAGGUCGUGGCCCCGCCCGAGAGGAAGUACAGUGUCUGGAUUGGAGGGUCCAUUCUCGCGUCCCUCAGCACCUUCCAGCAGGUACCAAGGACCACUCCCGUCCAGCUCUUCCUCUUGAUCUUCCAUCCUCUCCUGCCCGCAUGGUUUCUGAUCAACCCUUCCCCUUCUGCUUCUUCUUUCAGAUGUGGAUAUCCAAGGCAGAGUACGACGAAUCGGGACCGGCCAUUGUCCACAGGAAGUGCUUCUAG